CUGGCUUCAUCAGAAAAAUUCCGAUUUAAACUACAAUGGACAACGAUAUUGUUCGUUCUUCAUUUAUAAUUUGUAACUUCAACAAAGGAAUGGUUAGAUAAAUUAACAAAAUGAUGGAUUAUUUCAAAUUCGGCUCUAUAACAUUCCUGAUGUGCAACUUGUGUAGCGCAAGUGGGGUGGACAGGAGAUAUCUAAAUGAAACUUUAACAAUCGAUUCAAUAAACAAUCUACAAAAGACCUCUUACAUUUUAAAUGAUGCAACAUAUACGAACAUAGAAAGUAGAAAUUAUAAUAAUAAAAUAAUCAAAAGAUCUGCAAACAUUACUGAAGAUUUAAUAAACGAUGAGUUUUUAGAAUUGAAUGUAAACAAAACUAAAACAACAAACAAUGAGAUGGAUGCAAGUAAAAACAAUGAAACCAAAGAAGUCACAUCAGACGAAGAUUUAACAACGGAAUUCUAUGAUCAAUACAAUUAUACUGAAGAACCAUGCGUCGGAGACCCGGAGUUUUGCAACAUGACAAAAGAAGAAUAUUUAUUAAUGUUAUAUGACUAUAUAUACCCGCAGCCGUACGAGUGGGUGCUCAUAGCAACACAUGCGAUAGUGUUCGUCAUCGGUCUGAUAGGCAACGCUCUCGUCUGCAUAGCUGUGUAUAGAAACCAUUCAAUGAGGACGGUGACUAAUUAUUUCAUAGUAAACUUGGCGGUUGCUGACUUUAUGGUGAUUUUGAUCUGCUUGCCGCCAACUGUGUUAUGGGAUGUCACUGAGACAUGGUUCUUUGGAACUGCUAUGUGUCGGAUCGUGUUGUACUUUCAGUCGGUGUCAGUAACGGUGUCGGUUCUGACACUCACCUUCAUCUCAGUAGACCGCUGGUAUGCGAUCUGUUUCCCGCUCAAGUUCAAGUCCACGACCGGCCGCGCUAAAACAGCCAUCUUAAUCAUAUGGCUAUUGUCUCUGUUGUUCAACGUACCAGAAUUCGUAGUGCUGCAGGUGGAAAGGAAGAUGGAGUUGAGAUUCAACGUGCAGUAUUUCAUGCAGUGCACCUCCACCUGGUCAGACGAUAGUGACCUCAAGUGGCACAUAAUAAAGGCACUUUUCCUGUACACGUUUCCUCUACUGCUGAUGAUGAUCGCGUACUGUCAGAUCGUGCGCGUGCUUUGGAGGUCAGACAACAUCCCCGGCCACACAGAGUCACACAAACUGUGCUCCGCGCCGAGCGGACAGACUAACUGGCUGGCUGCCAACAGACGCACGACGCCCUCUAUUCACGCAAACGCGUCUACCGAGGGCCAGCUGCGGUCGCGGCGCAAGGCGGCAAAGAUGCUGGUGGCCGUCGUCGCCAUGUUCGCUGUGUGCUAUUUCCCCGUACAUCUACUCUCCGUGCUCAGGGUGGCGUACGACGUGCAGCAAAGCGACGUGAUGACAACAUUGAUUUCAUUGUCAAAACACUGGAUUUGUAUCGAUAAUCGCGCGCCACUCUGCUAUCACUGUUAUAAAAUCAUUCUUGUUGCAGGAAAAUUCCGCCGAGAAUUCCACAGGUCCUACUUCAAAUGUUUCUGUUGCUGCUUCAACUCCGCGGCUGCCGACCAGAACGGCACCUCCUUCGCCCCCAUCGGCAGCUCCAGAGCGGGCACCACGCGCACCCUCGUCAGGAGGAACGACUCCUGCGUCAGCUACAGACUGACACAUCUCUCCCCAUCGAACCACCACAGCAUACAUAGGGACUGUGCGAGGAACACCAACACUUCCUUCAUCGAGCACAUGAAUGGAAACCGACGACCUAAAAUUAGAGACGAUUCUAUCAGCGAAUCCGGCACCAGGUUCACUCUCGCGACAGACGUCGGCAGAGAUUGACAUAUGGGUAAAGAUAAUUUCUUCGUCUGCUACAACGACUUGAGGAACCGCGACGGAAUCGAAAGGUACAUCGCCAGGAGUACGAACAGCAUCGAUUGUAAACCUUAUUACGAUUGCUUUAAGGGUGCGGGUCCCAGCGGGUGUGAGAGGGCGGCGACUGUGGCGGAGGAGUGUCACAGCGACACGCACGCGGACUAUCGGGAGUGUGACAAGGAAUGGCGGGAGAUGUUCAGGGUCGACGACGAAACGAAAAACGGGUUUAAAUCUAAAUUUAAUCGUAGCUUAAACAGCUGUCAAAUUAAAAAUAAAAGAAAAUGUAAUAUGAUCUAUUAGUAUUGUUAUAAAUUGUAUAAAUAAUUAACUAAUUAACAGAAAUGUCAGUUAUGUGCGUACCGGAGCUUAAUUGAAUGUAUUUGUUAAUCGUAUGACGAAAUGAUAAUUGUACGAAUGUUUGAAAAUGUUUAAAAUAUAGGUCACAUUAAAGUCAUUGCAUUUGAAUAGUUGUAGGUAACGAUUACAAAUCAAUAAAUCGUUCGUUAUAUUUACUCAUUACUAUAGAUAGCUUUUCUAAGUAACUAUAAAAAUACUGUUCUGUAAAUAGUUUCAUUACAUUGUCACUUCUGAAAUUUCCUUAAUCUUUGUCUUUUAUCUCGAACUACAACGCUACAGUGGGUUUUCACUGACACUUUAACAUUACUAUCGUCCCUUUCAUUUUCUUUAAAGAAAAUUGAGACGACACUACAAUGUAUUAAAGGUUUCACGGUUAGAUUAUCCACUUAGCUUCCCGCAACCAUUAUCUAGCUCAUUGUGUUGGUCAUUAGGUAAGUCGAUCUCACGUUAUCAUAGGACUUAGUUAAUUUUAAUUGAGGUAAUGCGAUGCUUUGAAAUGAGAUGUUCAUUACUGGCGUGUGUUGGUAAACGCGGUCUCUGGGAGCGCAGGAAAUGCCUUGUUUACGCAAAACACGCGGCCGUUCGUUAGCGACUAAUAAUGUCGAGCCCUCGGAUAUUUUUAGUUCAACAUUAUGUUGCACGAUUGCGUUAUUUGGAUUGGAAUAUUUCUGGAUGUGCUAUUUUUAAUGCAACGAUUUGUAAUUCAUUGAAAAAUCUUCAAUAUCCGGUUUCCCAGGCACAUAAAACCAUUCGUUAGUGUACCUACGUAACUUGAGUUUUACUCUGUUGAAACUUAAUUCAACUUAGCACUAAUGAGUCACUAGGUAACGAUCAAAUUAAUAGAAACUUCAGCCCAGCAAAAGUUAACCUAUAUGAAACUCCGUUCUUAUCUUAUGACGUUCUUUUUUAUUUUCAUACACUGGAUUCCUAAGUAUUGUAAAAACUUAAUUAAAAAGCAUG